CAAGCCACAGUAGUGUUAGUACGGAGCUUCUGUUGUAAGCAAUUGUAGAAAAAGAAAUACUGAAAAUGGCAAGCAAACUGACUGAAGAGCAGAUCACUGAGUAUAAAGGGAUGUUUGAGAUGUUUGACGAAGAGGGAAAUGGAGACGUGAAGACACAAGAGCUGGAGCGACUCAUGAGUCUGAUGGGGAUCAAUCCCACCAAGAGAGAACUCAUUCAGAUGGCCAAAGAUGUGGACAAAGAUGGAAAAGGUGCUUUUAACUGUGACAGCUUCUUGGGUCUGAUGGCAUUGUACCAUGAACGAACAAAGAACCAAGAUGCUGCGCUACGAGCGGCUUUUAAAGUGUUUGACAAGGAGGCCAAAGGUUAUAUUGAAUGGAACACCCUCAAAUAUGUGUUGACGAAUGCAGGGGAACCACUUAAUGAAAUGGAGGCAGAGCAGAUGAUGAAAGAGGCUGAUAAAGAUGGAGAUGGCACUAUUGACUAUGAAGAAUUUGUGGCUAUGAUGACUGGGGAUUUAUUCAAGAUGAGCUAAGUGGUUCAAAGAAAGAAGAAGUCAAUGUACAUGUAGAGAAAAGUUCUGGUAAAAUUGUCAAAAGUUGUGGUAAAUUAU